AUGAUCAUAUGGAUGCUAUGGAAGAAUAGGAACGACGCUGUCUGGAAUGGGGCUCGGGUGCCGCAGGAGCUGGUGGUCAGAACAGAGGGUUGGUUGCAGGAGUACCAGAAGUGGCAUAAAUCUGGUACGGAAAAAUCCAUUAAUCCCCCGCAGAUAUGGCGGAGAGCUGAAGUUGACUGGGUCAAGUCUCAGAUCAGUUCCCUCUCCAAACUCAUCUCCCUUGAUCUUUCUAACAAUUGGCUCAGCGGUUCAAUCCCAACAUCCCUAGGUCAGCUUACAAACCUUUCCACUCUCUAUCUCUUCCGUAAUAAUCUUUCUGGCACUAUUCCUAAAGAGAUAGAGAAUUUGAAAUAUCUUGUGGACCUAGAAUUGUCUAAUAACCAGCUCAUCGGUUCAAUCCCAACAUCUCUAGGUCAGCUCACAAACCUUUCCACUCUUUAUCUCAGUAGUAAUAAUCUUUCUGGCACUAUUCCUAAAGAGAUAGGGAAUUUGAAAUCUCUUGUGGAUCUAAAAUUGUCUUAUAACCAGCUCAUCGGUUCAAUCCCAACAUCCCUAGGUCAGCUCACAAACCUUUCCACUCUCUAUCUCUAUAGUAAUAAUCUUUCUGGCACUACUCCUAAAGAGAUAGGGAAUUUGAAAUCUCUUGUGCACCUAGCAUUGUUUGAGAAUCAGCUCAGCGGUUCAAUCCCAACAUCCCUAGGUCAGCUCACAAACCUUUCCACUCUCUACCUCAAUCAUAAUAAUCUUUUUAGCACUACUCCUAAAGAGAUAGGGAAUUUGUAA